AGAAAGACGUCAUCGUCAUGAUGGACGCUUCUUUCGGACCAUUCGUCAUACAAACCUUGUGUCUUUUUUUCAUGCCUUGUCUGUCCUUUCUCCGUCUCGUUUGAGCCUCGAGCUCAGAGUAGCUCCGCAUCCUGUCAAUUCACCGUCACACUUGCACCUGUUCCCUAUUUCCGUAUCUCCAUUUUUCUCCCCACUCUCAAAAGAACCCCACCAAUUCUUCCUUCCCUCAGAAUGCCUAGAUACCAACUCUCCCGCCUAGAACAAGCCUCCAAAGUCCACCGCCAAUUCCGCGAGUCCCACGAGGGCCACCGACCCCACGCCGGCCUCGAACCGACCCGCGCCUCCACAGGCGUCGUGUGGACGACGGAGCGCGCCUACGAACACGGCUUCCUCGAUGAACCCGAGGCGUGGGCCAAUCUGGGACAGGGCGCCCCCGAAGUCGACGACGAUAUCGCCGGGUGUUUCCCGCGGCCAGAGCAGAUCGAUAUAAGCAACCAGGGGAGAGAGUAUGGGCCCACGGCGGGGAUCAAGCCGCUGAGGGAGGCGGUCGCGAGGCUGUAUAACGAACAUCAUCGACAGGGCAAGGAGAGCCAGUAUACAUGGGAGAAUGUGUGUAUCGUGCCUGGAGGGAGGGCUGGGUUGAUACGGAUCGCGGCGGUGUUGGGGACGUGUUAUUUGGGCUUCUUCAUCCCUGAUUAUACGGCUUACAACGAGAUGCUCUCCCUUUUCAAAAAUAUCGCAGCCAUCCCGAUCCCCCUCGGCGAGCACGACAAAUUCCACAUGUCAGUCGACAAAAUCGCCGAGGAAAUCGCGCGCGGCAUGUCCGUCUUCCUGACGUCGAACCCGCGCAACCCGACGGGCCAAAUGGUCGCCAACCCUGAGCUGGCCCGCAUCCAGGACCUCUGCCGCGACCGCGCCACCCUCAUCAUGGACGAAUUCUACUCGGGUUACAACUACACGACCGACUGCGACGGCAGCGUCGUCUCGGCCGCCGCAAACGUCCACGACGUCGACGCCGACGACGUGCUGAUCCUCGACGGCCUGACGAAGCGAUUUCGCCUGCCCGGGUGGCGGGUAGCCUGGGUCCUGGGCCCCAAGGAGUUCAUCCAGGCCAUCGGGAGCUGUGGCUCCUACCUCGACGGCGGGUGCAAUGUGCCCUUCCAGGAAGCCGCCGUCGCCAUGCUGGAUCCGCCGCGCGUAAGGAACGAGAUGCAGGCCCUGCAGCGCCAUUUCAAGAUGAAGCGGGACUAUGUCAUCGGUCGGCUCGAGGCCAUGGGGUUCAAGUUGCGGUAUAAGCCCACGAGCACGUUUUACAUCUGGCUGGAUCUGAGUUCGUUGCCUGAGGGGAUCGCGGAUGGGUUGAAUUUCUUCCAGGCGUGUCUGGAGGAGAAGACGAUUGUGGUUCCGGGGAUCUUUUUCGAUUUGAAUCCGAGUAAGAGGAGGGAUUUGUUUGAUAGUCCGUGCCAUCAUUUUGUGAGGGUCAGUUAUGGGCCGAGGAUGGAUGUGUUGGAGAAGGGGAUGGAUGCUAUUGAGAGGGUCGUGACGAGGCAUAGGGAGGGGGAGGGGAGGAAGUCGGGUCAGGCUGUUGAUGGGGAACCGUGAGGAUGGCUUUUUCGGUUACCGGAUAGACUGCGUCGGACCUGAUGGAUGGGUGACGUCGGAAGAUACCAAUCUGCUCUUUGGCCUGGAAACAAGUAAUGGUUGAUGAACAGCUCAAACAGUCAUUCUGGCCCAGGAGGCUUUUGUGAUG